AUGUCAUCCAACAAUAACACAAGCAAUACAUUAGCGAUCCUUCAAAUUCAAAGCGCUUUUCGAUAUUCAAGUCUUAUUUUAGGCUUUAUCCUAUUGAUCGGUGGUGUAUUAGGCAAUAUUCUUAAUAUUAUCGUCUUCAUUAAAGUGGGAAACUACAAGAACAAUGCAUGUUCACUGUAUAUGUUUCUCCGUACUUUUUUUGAUCUCUACGUUCUUCUUGUUGGUCUAACUACUCGAAUUCUUAGUGCAGGUUUUCAAGUAGAUUUUACCUUAAUGAAUAGAAUCUGGUGUAAAAUUCGCCUAGGUUUUAUCGAUAUUAAUGGUAUAACUACAUAUACCCUGAUUUGCUUACAAGCUAUUGAUGCUUUCAUGUGUUCUUCUCCAUCAGUUCUUGUGCGACAAAAGAGUAAUAUUCGAAUAGCACGAUAUUUAGUCAUUGGUACUCUUUGUUUUUGCUUUAUUCAUGAGAUACCUUACUUCAUCUUUCAAGAUCUUGUUAUCGUAGGUGGUGCCCCCAUGUGUAUCACAACAAAUGCAAUAUUUGCUCAGUAUCGCAGCUAUUUUGUCGCUCUUUGUAUUAACACUACUAUUCCUAUCAUAGUGAUCUCUAUUUUUGGCUUUCUCACUGUCCGACAUAUGAAAACUAUCGCUGUGACAAGAACACUUUCUUCUCUGACAAGACAAACAAUUAGUAUGGCAUUAUUUCAGAUAGUUGCUGUAUUAGUAUUUAAUGGCCCAUAUACAGCUUGGCUAAUCUACUCAGUAGCUACAACAAAUGCAGUUAAAGAUAGUUAUAGACGAACAGUGGAACAAUUAAUUGCUUCAUUUGCUGCUACUUAUUCUUACGGCCCGUAUGCGAGUUCAUUUUAUUGCUAUUGUUUGUCAAAAAGAUUUCGAAAUCAGUUGAUGGUUUCUGUUAAAGAGCUCGUUGGUAGUAUACGUACGAAUCAAGUAUAUCCAAAUACUCAAAGAAGUGGCACUCGUACUUAA